AUGUCUUCAUCAUCUUCCACUUAUCAAGCUCAACGAGAAGCUUAUCGACAUAAACUUAUGUUUGAAUUAAUGUUUCGUGAUGAUGAACAAGUCGAUUUAAAACGAUAUAUUCGAGCUUUUGACAUGCGUUUAUCACGUAAUACUGCAUUUUCAAAAAUUCCUUGCGGUCCUGUAAUUGUAAUUGAUAAAGCAAAGAUUGCUUCGUGGUCAACGAGCAAUUCAAAAUAUAAAACAGAAUUAUGUAAAUAUUAUGUGGAAACAGGUGUAUGUAAAUUUGAUGGUGAUUGUACAUUUGCACAUGGAGCUGAAGAUUUACGUAAUGCAAAUCAUAAAUCAGUUUUAUGUCGACUAUUUCAUAUGACCAAUAAUUGUCCAUAUGGUCAAAACUGUGCUUUUAUUCAUGAUGAAUAUAGACGUUCUUCGAUAAUUGUUAAACCAGGUUAUACAUAUGCCCCACAAUAUAUACCAGCAAAUGGUGAUCAAGCAACGAUCGAUGAACAUGAACAUGAACAACGUUCACGAAGGUCAAGUUCGGGUUAUGCUUCUGUGGAUGAAUUAUUGUCAAUUUGA